AUGGACAAGAAUGAGUCGAUCCACGAGAAGGAUGUGUCGAAUCUUGAUUUCACUUCUACUCAUCGGCUGCCUACAAUAUCGGCAGCACAAGCUUUCGACGACCUCAAGAGCAAUGUGCGGCAAUUUAUCCCUACUGGUAUAGAGGCACUCGAUUCAGCAUUGGCCGACGGGUCCCUUGAGAGUCUCGAUGAACCACAGCGCCACCGAGGUUUUCAGAAGGGACAGGUUGUAGAGGUUUGGGGGCCUCCAGCUUCCGGAAAGACAACUCUUGCCAUGCAGACUACUGCCAAUGUCCUAGCCGAUGGCUGUAAAGUGGUUUGGGUAGACACAUCAAGUUCCUUGUGCCAUCAUAGAUUUGGCGAAAUAAUCGGUUUAUCAGACUCUGUGAACGGAACCACAACCCCGCUCGAAGCAUCUAACGCUGUAGCCAACCUGGUUCAUUACUUCACGCCGACUCUUGCACACUUCAUCGGGCUCUUUUGCAAGCCGGAGGCGUCUAGCAUUCCUAGUAAUACUUCCCUCAUAGUGAUUGAUGGACUCUCUAGUCUGGUCAACCGUGCUUUCCCGAAGAAUGUCGAACGUCAUCAAAAUCACAAAGUUCCUAGCCCUGCCACCAGACGGCUACAAGUUCUUCAGUCCAUAAUCUCAACUUUACAAAAGCUCUCGGCCACUCGAAAUAUUCUCGUAUUAGUCCUAAGCCAAUGCGCCACGAGAAUGCAACUUGAACAUGGCGCAACAAUCGUCCCAGCUAUUAACGCCUCUACCUGGGAGCAGGGAAUUGCCGCUCGCUUGGUACUUUUCCGAGAUUGGACGACGGUUAAUGCAGGGUUGCGUAACGUCCGCCUUGUUGGUGUGCAAAAGAGCUACGCUCAGGUCAACGCUGAUAGUUUUAGAUUGAUUAUCCCUUUUGAAAUAUCCAAUGAUGGUCUUGUUGGCCUGGACUGGGAGACCGCCCAGGCAUCCUUGGCGCUUGCCAAAAACCCUCAACGCCAGAAGCGAAAAUUCGAUGAGACCGACGACGAGAUAGCGGAUAGCGAAGCAGAAAAUUAUGGAUGGGAGGAUGAAGAUGAAGCAGAAAUGCCUAACAUGCCGCCACAAUGGCAAGGGAGUGAGGACCUCCUUCUUGGUCGUGCAGAUGAAGACGACUACUUUACGGUGGAAACAUAAUCAUGCGAGAAUCCGACACCUGUGUGGUCGUCAUAUCCUGAAGAUGAGCAGCAGAGGUAAUACACCCCAUAAAAACACAUAUACCUACCUGUUAGGCUCGCUUGGUGCCCGAUGCUAGCUUGGCGGCCAAUACACGAUAUUCUUUGUUCCUGGGUAUGAGCGUACGGUAAGGAUCCGUCUGAAUCUCCACAUAUGGGGCUCAACACCCAUUGAUGCCGUCUUCGCCAUAUCCACACACUCUCUCCACCGACCGGUUCUUUCCACACUAGGUCCGGGGAAUCUAUGGUGAAUACCACCGAGUAGAUGGGCCGAACAGACUGUGCGACGGGACACCAAUCCGCACUCAGCAUGCACAGACAUCCGCCAUUUUCUACAUAGAAGGACUUGUGCCCGUAUAUGUAAGAUGGUAACGCCCUCGACUACACAAUAAUCGCGUAAUGCGGACUAUCGAUCCGUCGAAUUACAAACCCCCUUUCCAAUGUACUAAUCCACUCCUUUUGUCUACUCCACAUUUCAUUAAGAGUCCGAAGAGCGAGAGUAAAAUUCUCUAUGCAGGCUACCUGGAAAACUACA